AUGUUGGUAAAAUGUGAAACGAAAAGUCAACGAGUGAAAAGUAUUUCCUUUCAUCCUAAAAUAAAUUUGAUAUUAGCAGGUUUACAUAAUGGAGUAAUUCAAAUGUGGGAUUAUAGAAUAGGUAUUUUAAUUGAAAAAUUCGAAGAGCAUGAAGGGCCAGUAAGAGGAAUAGAUUUCCAUAAUGUUCAGCCACUGUUUGUAAGUGGUGCAGACGAUUAUUUAAUAAAAGUUUGGAAUAUUCACUUAAAAAAAUGUGUUUUUAAUUUAGUAGGGCAUUUAGAUUAUAUUAGAAAGGUUCAAUUUCAUCCAGAUUACCCUUGGAUUCUUUCCGCAUCAGAUGAUCAAACUAUUAGAAUCUGGAAUUGGCAAAGUAGAGUUUGUAUAGCUAUAUUAACAGGUCAUAACCAUUAUGUCAUGUGUGCAGAAUUUCACCCAAACUUAGAUUUAAUUAUUUCAAGUAGUUUAGAUAAAACAUUAAGAGUUUGGGAUAUUAAAUUGCUAAGAGAAAAACAUGUAAUAUCUAAAAAUGAUAAUGCAUUAAGUGAUAAACCAUAUGGACUAUCUAAGAAUAUAUAUAAUGCAGAUUUUUUAAAUAUGACUAAUAAUAUAAACACAUACUCAUUUAUUUCUAAUCAACAAAAUCAGCAAAGCAAUAUGUUUGGAGCUUCAGAUGCUAUAUGUAAAUUUAUUUUAGAAGGGCAUGAGAAGGGAGUAAACUGUUGUGCUUUUCAUCAUAAUCUGCCAAUUAUUGCUUCUGGUUCAGAUGACAAAUUAGUUAAAUUAUGGAGAUAUAAUGAUAAUAAAUGUUGGGAAUUAGAUACAUUAAGAGGGCAUUUUAAUAAUGUUUCUAGCUUAUUAUUCCAUCGAAGUAAUGAUGAUUUACUGUUAAGUAAUAGUGAAGAUAGAACUAUUCGCAUUUGGGAUAUUAAUAAAAGAGUGUGUAUUCAUACAUUUAGAAGGGAAAACGAUAGAUUCUGGGUUCUCGCUUUUAAACCUAAUUCUAAUCUCAUUAGUGCUGGUCAUGAUUCAGGUAUGGUUAUUUUUAAAUUUGAAAAAGAAAAAUGCCCUUUCGAUAAAUAUGAAAACCUCUUUUUUUAUUGUAAAGAAAAGUCUAUAGUUUUAUAUGAUAUCCAAAAAGAUGUACAUAGUAAUAUUUGUGGCAUAAGAAAAAAUGUUAACUCCAUGAUAUCAGGAUAUCAUAAGUUAAUUUAUAACAAUUUUUGUACAACACAUAUUAUGAUUAUAUUUAUUUAUAAAGAAGAAGAAAAUUUUUCUUUUGAUUUAAUCAUAUGUGAUAAAAUUAAUACCCCUACUAAAGAAAGUAAUACAUCUCCUUUUAAUGUUUUUAAUCCUUGGUCUCAUACAAAAAAUCCUAUAAAAAAUACUAAUGAUUUUAGUAUUGAUAAUGUAAAAUAUAUAAUAAAAAAUAAGCAAUGUUGUAGUGCUACUUUUUUGUCAAGAAAUAAGUAUAUUUUUGUUGAAAGAAAAAAUAACAGUUAUGUUUUAAAUAUUCAUAAUUUACCUGAUGAUAAUUUAUAUAAAAAAGUUGAAAUUAACUUCAAAGUAGAAAAUAUUUAUUCUUUAAAUAAUAAUAAAAUUAUUAUUUUUGGAGAAAACAAAAUAUAUUUAUAUGAUAUUAAUCUUAAGAAAAUAUUAAAUGAAAUGAAUCACACAGAUACUAUAAUUUCUGUAGAGGUUAUCAAAGAUCACAUUGCUUUUGUUUUUAAAUACAAUGUUGUUAUAACUACUAUUGAUUUAAAUCAUUUAUGUACAGUACAUGAGUAUGUAAGAGUAAAAAGUGGUGUAUGGGAUGAAAAUAACAAAAAUGCUUUUAUAUAUAAUACUUUCAGUCAUUUAAAAUAUAUUUUAAUAAAUGGAGAAAAAGGAUUAAUUAAAUAUAUGGAUGAACCUGUAUAUUUAUUUAAAAUUUAUAACAACAACAUAUAUUAUAUUAAUAGACAGCAAAUUGUUAAGAAUGAUAUAUUAAAUGACACAGAGUAUUUAUUUAAACUUGCUCUAAUUAAUAAUAAUGAAGAGCUAGCUCAUCAUUAUUUAGACAUGGGUAGUUAUAGUCCAGAUAACAAUAAAGAACUCCAAAAGAAAAAGCUAUAUUUUAGUUAUAAUUUAAUAGGGUAUAUUAAAAAGAAAGGAUUCGCAAAUUUAGCAAUACAAAUGGUUAAUAAUAAUCAUACAUUAUUUAACUUAUCUAUUCAACUUGGGCAUUUAAAUAAUGCAUUAAAAGCUGCAAAAAAAAUUGAUAAAAAGCAUAUAUGGAAUAUUUUAAGUGUUCAUGCUUUGUUAUUAGGAAAUUUUGAAAUAGCUGAAUAUUCCUUACAGAGAAAUAAAGCAUAUGAUAAAUUAUCGCUUUUAUAUUUUUUUAGUGGAAAUAUAGAAAAGUUAAAAAAAAUGUUAUCUAUAUCUAUUAUAAGAAAUGAUUUUAUAUCUAUGUUUUUAAAUUCUCUUUAUUUAGGAGAUAUUGAGCAAAGAAUUAAUAUUUUUAUUCAACAAAAUCAAUUAAACUUAGCUUUAUUAUGCUCUCACUUAUAUAACAUACCUAUCAAUAUAUCAGAAAAACAAUUUGAUUUUGAUAUAAAUGAAUGUAAUUAUUGUCCUAAGAAAUCAUAUUAUCUUUCUCCACCCAUUCCAAUAGUAAAGAUUGAAGAAUUAACAAAAAAUGAAAAAGAAUUAGACAAUUUAGAAAAAAAGGGAAUAAUCAAAAGUGAUAAAGAAGAGCGAAUAACUUGGAAUAAUUCUUAUAAUUGGCCUUCUAUUAAUUUAGAGCAGACUUAUCAAGUAAAUAAAAAUGAAAUUUUAAAAAGGCAAAAUUUAAAAUCGAAACAAGAAAAUGAUACAAAUUAUAAAAGUCAAAAAAUUGCACAAAAUAUAAAAACAAAUGUGAAUCAUCAAUUAAAAAGAAAGGAAUUUCCUCUAGAGGAGGAGGAACAAUUUAAUGAAAUUAAAGCAGAAGAAAAAAGUGAUAUUACUGAAGAAAUUGAUGUUUGGAAAAAUGAUGUUAAUGAUGAAGAUAUUAAUAUCGAUUUAGAAGUUGAAGAAAACCAAGAAAUUUUUAAUAAAAAAGUUACCAAAAUUGAAAAAGGAGAAAGCAUAAUUCAGAAAUCUUUAAAAAAAAAUUCCAAAAUAAUAGACUUCAUAAGAACAGAAAAUAUUCAAACUGCCCUAAAGUUAUUAUCUAAAAAAUAUGGAAUUGUUAAUAUGAAACCAUUUAAAUCAAUAAUUAAAAAUAUAUAUAUUUCUACUUAUGUUUAUUUAACACCUAUGCAAAAUUUUCUUCCCUUAAAAAUACCUGUUAACAUGAAUGAACAAACAGUGAAUAAUACUUAUAUAACAAAACAUUUUUUAUUUAAUCAAAUAAAAAAGGCUCAUAAAUUAGUAACCUUAGGAAAAUUUUCUAUGGCUUUAGACCUUUUUAGAAAUAUAUUAUAUCAUAUUAUAUUUGUUAAUUCUGAAGAUAUUGAAAAAGAACUAUCUGAUUAUUUAGAUAUGUGCAAAAAUUAUAUUUUAGCUAUGAGAUUAGAAGAAGAAAGAAAUGCUACAGCUAGUCAAGAUCCUAGAAGAAGUUUAGAAUUAAUGGCUUACUUUACUUGUUGUUCUUUGCAGAAUUCUCAUUUAUAUUUAGUUUUAAGAAGAGGAAUGGGGUUAGCAUGGAAAGCCCAAAACUAUGUAACCGCUGGAUCGUUCGCUAAAAGAUUAAUAAAUGGCAACUACGAAAAUAUAAAAGGAUCUGAAGAAGAAAUUAUAAAAGCAAAAAAGAUUUUGCUUAUGUGUGAGCAAAGAAGUACAGAACAAUAUAACAUUGAUUAUGAUCCCAAUGAAUAUAAAAACUUAAGAAUAUGUUGUGUUAGUUUAAAGAAAAUUAAGGCAAAUGAAGAUAGUAUAAAUUGUCCAUUUUGCUUAUCAAUUUCAAAAAAAGAGUUUAUGUCUAAAUUAUGUCCUAACUGUUCAGUAGCACAAUUAGGAUUAAAAGCACUUGGAUUUGAUUUUUUAAACAAAAACAUUUGA